AUGGCCACGGUGGAGAGGCUUUUCUGUUUGUUGGAAGCUCACGGUGCCCGCCCGUCCGUGGAAGGGCUGGAUUGGGCCCGUGAGAACUGGAGUAACUGUCAGAGUGUGGCGGAGCAGAUUGUGGCCCUGCAGAAGGAGGCACGGGCCAAGUCGGGAAAGGGCAAAGCCUUCAUCUGUGCAGUUUUGGGUGCGUGUUUGGCCGCUUCAAUAGAUGAAAAGCAAAGCCAAAACGGAUGAGAGAAUAAAAUCAUUUCCUCCUUGCAGGAUCUGGUAGAUUCCCUGCAAGGGCAUAUUGUAACUUUAAAAGACGAAGUGGCAGAUCUUAAGGAUAGAUUAAAAACAGAACAGAAGUGGCAAAAGUGGUUUUUGAAGGAGGAAGAGUUAAAGCAAACAGAGCCUGCCUGCAUAUACCCCCAGGCAGAACUGGCAGCAGCAGAGGGAGCUGCUGCUCACAUGCGUCCUCUCAUUAAAACUGAAAUGCUGUAUGAGGAUGAGGAUGGCACCCCUGCCAUCACAACCAAAGAGAUACCCUUUUCUUCCACUGAGCUGGCCAAACUGCGUAAAGAGUUCACACGUUCGGCUGGAGAGUCUGAGGUGGAAUAUGUAUGGCGUGUUUCUAAAACUGGAGGGGAUCAAAUUAGGUUGACAGAGGCUGAAGCUACAGGCUAUUGGGGUGCUAAUGUGUUCCUAACUACGGGAAAUAGGAGUGGUCCCUGGAGCCUUACUCAGCGAGCAGCUUUCUGGGCUGGGGGCUUUGAUUCAAAGGAGAGAGGAGAGCCUCUAGUUCUGAGGGGAGGCAUGAAUCAGAUAAUGGAAAAUGUGCAGAAGGCAGCUUGUUUGCAAAUGGUCUAUGAUCGAGAACUGAAACAUCAUUUUGAAUCGCCCCUUUCUCUCUUGGUGGACCCAAAGCGAAUGACUCCUUUGGUCAGGGGACUUCCUGACUCCCUUAAGAUGAAAGGCAUUCAGCUUCAAAAGGAGAUAGCUGACACCCCACUUACCUCCCGAAUACAAGCUACUCUGAGGGAGAACUUAACACCCGGGAGGAACCAGCCCGAUGGCAGAUAA